UAGCCUCCGUCAAAGUAAUGGAGUCAUUGAAUCAUGGCAUUCUUCCUUGGAUCUACGUUUGCCAUGUAAUAAUAUUUCUCCAAGAAGGCUUCCGGUUCGACACAGAUUUUGAGGAAAUUUCGUCUGUUGCAAUCCUCAAAGUAUGCUUUUGCACAGUUGCAGCCGCGGGCUAUCGCCAGGAUGAUGGUGAUGGUCGCCGGCGGCGGGCAAAGGGGAAGCAGGAGGCCACUGAACUUGGAGGGACCAGCAAGAUUGUUCUUCCGGGUGGUAGCUCUCAUUCUCGGGGCAGAACCGGCUACGUGAUCAAGCUACAGCUGCUCUCUGCCAAGUACCUGAUCGGUGCCAACUUGAACGGGAGCUCUGAUCCUUACGCUGUCAUCUCUUGCGGAGAGCAGAAACGCUUCAGUGAGUUCAACGAUAUAUUUGAUGUGGAUUACUUCAUAGCAUCAUUGAGAGACGAGGUCUGCAUACUGAAAGAUUUUCCUCCAAGGCUGAAAAGAAGAGUUGAACUGACAUUUGUUCGCUCCAUGCCACCUGUCAGUUGGUCUGAUAUAUCUUACUACCACAAUCAGAUUCUACCACUGAUAACGAAGUACAAGAUCCUUCAUCUGAACAAAACUGAUGCUUGCCUUGCAAAUAAUGGGCUGCCUAUGGAGAUUCAGAAAUUGCGAUGCCAUGUCAAUUUUGCUGCAUUGCGAUUUAGCCCUGAAAUAGAAGAGCUGGGUAUGUGUGUGGUCCAAAUUCUUCGUCGUAGUGGGCCCUUUGUGGUUCUUCAUUUGCGAUAUGAAAUGGACAUGCUCGCCUUCUCUGGCUGCACACAUGGCUGCAGCAGUGAGCAGGCUGAUGAGCUCAGAAGAAUGAGAUCGGAAGAUACGCUUACCCAUGGUGGAAAGAGAAGGUGAUUGACUCGAAUGCAAAGAGGAAAGAUGGGCUCCGUCCAUUAACACUAGAGGAGACCGCAAUGGUAUUGAAGGCACUGGACAUUGAUAGCAGUGAUCAAGUAUACAUUGCAGCUGAUGAAAUUUAUGGUGGACAAAGAAGAAUGGCGGCCCUUACCUCAGCUUAUCCCAAUGUGGUAAGAAAAGAGACAUUAUUGCCUUCAAAUCUCAGGUUCUUCCAGAACCAUUCCUCCCAGAUGGCAGCAUUACAUUAUAUUGUUUCCUUGGAGAGUGAUAUUUUCAUCCCCAGCUAUGAUGGUAACAUGGCAUAAGUUGUUGAAGGUCAUCGCAGGGUCAUCAGACGAGUAAGAGCAGGCAUGAAAGAAUACCAGUUGUCAAGCAUGUUUCUUCAUCGUGUUUACAUGUGUCCAGACUGUCCACAUUGCUCUUACAUAUGUGUAUGUCAUACUGAAGAGUAUAGAUGUUUAUGGUGCCAUACUUCUGCUAUGAACAAUUAAACAACAGUUCUGUUCUUCAUUAUUGACAUGGUGCUGGACUAAAUGACCGGGUACUCUUCUAUGAAAUCUUGUGAGCUCGGUCAAUGCCUCAACGUUAUGUAUUUAUCUGUUAUGUCCACUAGCACCAACUGCUCAGCCACCCAAACCUCUUAUACUCACACUGCUAGCUGAUUGAAGAUGAGGAUGGUUUGGUUCGAUUUGGAGGCAGUGGAGUACACCUGCAAUUUUCUUUAGCAGAUGUUAAUAUGUGAUGGAGCACUCCUACUGGGACACUGGGUGAACGAAGCACUUCUGAAUGUCAAAUGACACAGGUACUUCUGUUGAAAAGUUUGACUGUAUGUCAACUAACUUGUAUAUUUGUAGCUCUAUGAUUUUUCCAAUAUUCAUGGCAUGUGCCAAGGCAAUAGAAUGAAAUUUUUUUGCGAUGUUAUACCAUUGAUGGCACGCGUAUAUUGUGGUCUGCUCCAAAGAUAAGUGCAUUUUGUCUUUUAGACAAAGAGGCCAGUCACCUGU